GUUCAAUAAAAAGUGAAUAAAUAUUAUAUUUAUUAUUAAAAAAGACUAAUGAUUGAUAAUGCUGUUAACUGUAACAAUUGUUCGUUAUUCUAAAAAUAUAUUUAGUCAAUUUCCACUACGUGUAAGUGGUUAUUCUUCCACUUUUCUGACGUUUUAAAUAAUUGGAGAUUACAAAACGUUAUAAUUUACAAGAACGUUGGAGAAGAAGAAAAAUGGCAAAUGAUUCAUUUCCAAUUAGUAGAAGUGAUCCGGUGAUAAUGAAAUUGGAUACACCUGAAUUUCAUUCGAUUCUAACACCUGAGGUAAAUGCACUUGCGGAUUUAUUUAAAAAAUACAAUCACGAAAUAAGAGUGGCAGGUGGUGCGGUACGUGAUAUUUUAAUGGGUAAAACACCAACGGAUCUUGAUUUUGCGACAACUGCAACACCUGAAGAAAUGAAGAAUAUGUUUAUAAAAGAAAAUAUAAGAAUGGUAAAUUCAAAUGGCGAGAAACACGGCACAAUAACAUCAAGAAUUAAUGAUAAGGAAAACUUUGAAGUAACAACAUUACGAGUAGAUCUUGUAACUGAUGGACGACAUGCAGAAGUUCUUUUUACAAAAGAUUGGAAACUCGAUGCCAAUAGACGUGAUUUAACAAUAAAUUCCAUGUUCCUUGGAUUUGAUGGUACUGUUUAUGAUUAUUUUUAUGGUUACGAUGAUCUUAAAAUAAGAAAAAUUGCCUUUGUCGGAAAUCCCGUUAGUCGAAUUCAAGAAGAUUAUCUUCGAAUUUUAAGAUAUUUUCGAUUUUACGGAAGAAUUGCGGACAAUCCGGACAAUCAUGAUGAGAGUACAAUGAAGGCAAUAAAGGAGAAUACGAAUGGUUUAGAAAGAAUAUCAGGAGAGAGAAUUUGGAAUGAAUUGUCAAAAAUAUUAUCAGGCAAAUUUUAUCGUGAAUUAUUAUUAAAAAUGUUAGAAUGUGGCAUGGGUAAAUAUAUAGGUCUACCGGAAAAUGUGAAUAUUGAAAAUUUCAUAAAAAUAACAAAACGUGCGGAUGCUGAAAAUAUUCUUCUAAAACCAUCGACAUUACUUGCUUCAUUAUUAAAUAAUGAACAAGAAGUAAUUGAUUUACAUGGAAGAUUAAAAUUUUCUGCAUUUGAACGCGAUUUAGCAUUUUAUAUUGUCGAACAUAAGAACGAUAUUUUUACAGAUAAAUCAAUUAAAUCAUUUCAACUUUUUCUAAUCGUUAAUAAAGGUAAAGUUAAAGAUAAACGUGAAUAUAUUUUAGAAUUGUUUCGUUAUAAUGGACAAUUUCAUUUAAUUGAAGAAUUUGAAAAUUGGAAUAUUCCACAUUUUCCCGUUAAUGGAACAUUAAUUAGACCUUAUGUAAAAAAUGCAAAAUUAAUUGGUAAAGUAAUUACAUCAUUGCAAGAAAUUUGGGUUGAUAAUGAUUUUAAAUUAAAUCAAGAAGAAUUAAUGAAAUAUGUUCCUGGAAUUGUUUCUGAAUUCAAUGAUAUUCGAAUAGCAAAUAAAUAAAUUUUUCAACUA